UGUGGUUGAAAGUCUUAAGCUCAGCUGCUGUUUUCUUUGUUGAUGAACAUUAUGUCUCAUUCUCACAGGAACUGAAUCCCUGCAUUUGUUGUCAGACAAGAUGGAAACAGGUUUCGACCUGAGCGACUCCACCUACAAACUUCUUCCUGCUUUCAUGUUGGCAAUAAGAGGUGUCUAAACCUCGACACACAGAUGUGCAGCUCCAUACGACAUGAACAGAGUCUCAGGACUGAGGAAUCUCUCACAGGACUGUGAUGAACAGACAGACAGGAGUCACAGAAGAUGAUCAGAUGAAGAUUUAUAAAUGAACAGAAUAUCAACAUGUCCAGCCCUGACAGCACAGUGGAAAGAAGAAGUCCAAAGCUGGAUCGCCCCAACUUUUCAGAGGGUGUGAAGCUGAAUCUGGUUGUGUGUGGGAGUGACGGCACAUUAAAAUCCUCCAUAUCAGAGCAGAUCCUGCAGCAGACAGACAGAAGAUCAGACGUGGAUCUUCAUGGACGUCAGAUCAGUCUGGUGGAUCUUCCAGCUCUGUUCAACACUCGUCUCUCAGAGGAGGAAGUGAUGCAUCAGACUCUCCGCUGUGUGUCUCUCUGUCAUCCUGGAGUUCAUGUUUUCCUCCUCAUUAUUCCUGAUGCUCCACUCAAUAAUGAAGACAAAGCAGAAAUGGAGGAGAUCCAGAGGAUCUUCAGCUCCAGAAUCAACAAACACAUGAUGAUCCUCAUAAUGCAGAAUUCAGAGCAUCAGACAGCAGAACUGAAUGAAGAAACACAGUCUGUCAUUGAGAGAUUUGGAGGACGACAUCAUUUCUUUAGUCCCAACACACAAGUGUCCACAUUGAUGGAGAACAUUGAGAAGAUGGUGGAAGAAAACGGAGGAGAGCUUUACUCCACAGAGAUAUUUCUGGAGGUGCAGAUGGAAAAACUGAUGAAAUAUGAAGAGAUGAAGAAGAAAAUUGACUCACUAGAGACACAUUUACUGUCACAAGGUUCAAGAGAAAACACAGAUGAACUGAGGAUUGUACUGCUGGGAAAAACUGGAGUUGGGAAGAGUGCAACAGGAAACACAAUCUUAGGAAGAGACGCGUUUAAGGCAGAAACAUCUCAAGAGUCAGUAACUAAAGAGAGUCAGAGAGAAUCAUCUGAAAUCAACGGCCGACACGUUACUGUGAUCGACACUCCAGGACUGUUUGAUACUGAAUUGAGUAAUGAAGAGAUCCAGAGAGAAAUCAGACACUGCAUCUCCAUGAUCCUGCCUGGACCUCAUGUGUUCAUCAUUGUGCUCAAUUUAGGACAACGAUUCACUAAACAUGAGGAAACAUCAGUGAAGAUCAUCCAAGAGAUGUUUGGUGAGAAAUCAUUAAUGUUCACCAUGGUGCUCUUCACCAGAGGAGACGAUCUGAAGAACAAAACUAUUGAACAGUGUUUGGGAAAACCUGGAUCUCCUUUGAUGAAGCUGAUUGAAGCGUGUGGAAACAGAUUCCAUGUGUUCAAUAAUAAUCAGACUGGAGACCGAACACAGGUGUCUGAUCUACUGGAGAAGAUAGACAACAUGGUGGAAGCAAACGGAGGGAGUUUCUACUCAUGUAAGAUGUUCAGACAGAUGGAAAGAGAAAGACAAGAACAACAGAUGAAGAUCCUGAUGGACAGAGUCAGAGAAAGAGAAGAAGUGAUGAAGAAACUAGAAGAAGAAAAAGAGAGAAUGAAGAUGAUGAUGGAGGAAGAACGACAGAAUCAUGACAAAGAGAAAAAGAGAAGAGAAGAGGAACUGAAAAGAGAAAUAAGAGAACAAGAGAAACAUCAGAGAGAGAUACGAGACGAGAUGAGACGAGAACGAGAAACAUUCAAACAUGAAGUAAAGGAAAUGAGACAAGAAAAAGAGAAUUUGAAGAAAGAAAAGGAAAAACUUCAGAUCAAAUAUGACACAGAAAUAGAAAUACUGAUAAACAGAAUAGAAAAUGAGAGAAAGAUAAGAGAAGAAUAUAUAAAAAGAGAAGAACAAUAUAAAACACAAAUAAAAGAGAAAGAGGAGAAAGAGAGAGAGUUGAGACGUGAACGAGAGAUGUUUAAAAAUGAAAUGGAGGAAAUGAGGCAAGAAAAAGAGAAAAUGAAAAGAGAAAAUGAAAAACUUCAGAUCAAAUACGAGAAUGAGAGGAAGAAAAGAGAAGAUGAAUUUAAGGAGAGAGAAGAGCGAUAUAAAAGAGAAAUGAAAGAGAAAGAAGAGCAGGAGAGAGGAAUGAGACAUGAGAUGACAAGUGUACGAGAGACAUUUAAAAAAGAAUUAAACGAAAUGAGGCAAGAAAAAGAGACUGUAAAGAAAGAAAAAGAAAAUCUUCAGAUCAGAUACGACACAGAAAUAGACAAACUGAUGAACAGAAUAGAGAAUGAACGACAAAAUCAUGAAAAAGAGAGAAAGAGACGAGAAGAAGAGGAUGGGAGGAGGAGACAGAGAGAAAAACAGAUUAGUGAUGAACAGAUUCAGAGACUGAAGAGUGAAAUGGAGGGAAUAAUCAGAGAGAAAGAGAGAAUAGAAAGAGAGAGACGAGAACAACUAGAGGAUUUAGAGAAGAGACUGACAGAAGAAAGAAACAUGAGAGAAGAUCAACAAAAGACUUCUGAAGAGAAACAGAAACUCCUUGAAGAACAUCAUGAAGAAGAACUGAAGAGAAAACGAGUGGAGUGGAGAGAGGAAUAUGAACGAGAGAAAGAGGAGAUGAAGAAGAAGAUCUGCUCUGAAACUGAUCAGAGAGAAAACAGGGAUACUGGAACAGCAGGAGUCAGAGCAGGAAUAAAGCAUCUACACAUGAGUCCUUCAGAAGUCCUUAGAACAGACAAAGUGCGACCAGAUCAACAUGAGGAAAAAGAAAACCUUUCAAAGUCAAAAACACUCCUUGACAGACUUCAUCUCAGCAAGCAUCAACAUAAACUGAGAGCUGCAGAUGUUCUUCAGAUAACUGUUCAUUCAUUACAGUCUCAUGAGUCUUGUGCUGAAGAAGAGCUGAUUCACACUUUCAUACAAAAACUACUGAUGAUGGACUACAGAGCAAGAUACAUUCAUGUUAGAGAUCCCAAUGAACAAAGAGGCAUUGACUUGUUUGAAGAUAUGGAUGAUUUUUUCUUAUCAAUCUCUUUGUACAAUAAAAGAACAAGCCAAUCUGACCAUAUUCACCCGAUGGAUGUCCAGAUGGCCGUGUUUCAUUGUGCUGAUGGUUUCCUGAAGCAGCUGAUGGUCACUAAACUGUCCCAGUGUCAGUACGCUCUGCCUCUGCUUGUUCCUGAUCCAUUCACACAACAGAUUGAGUUUCCUCUCUGGACAUUCAGACAAAUCAACAAAAUCUGGAAGAUCAGAAACACCAACAAUGAGAUGAUCAGUCAAACCCAGCCGAUCUACAAGGCAGAAACUCCAAUGGUGUUUUUCUUCAGGUUUGGCUCUGUGUCUUCAUCCAAGUCUCAGUUGAUGAACAGUCUGUUCAAUGAGAGACACAACACGUUCUUCCACAGGAACUGCCCAGGCAGCAGCAGAACCAGAGUCCUGAUGGAUGGAGUGGUGGAGAUCGCCUGGUUCUGCCCCUCUGGAACAAACAGGGAUAAAUUCACUGAUUGUGUUGCGUUCUGUAAUCUACACGGUGAUGCAGGAGACCAUGAGAAACAGCUGCAGAUCCUCACUGAAAUGAGCUCAGUCAAUGUUGUUCUUCUAACACGACUGGACAGGAAUGACAAAAGUGCAGCAAUAAUACAAAACAUGUGCAGGAUCAGAAAGCCAUUCAUUUGUCUUUUUACUGAGGAUGAAUCUACUGCCAUUGAGACAAGGAGAGGAAAAUACAAGAUGGGUCUGAAAGGUAGAAAUCAGUCAGAUGUAUCUGAAGAACUCAGAAGAGUGAUAAAUGAUUGUCUCUCAGAAUCAUCUUCCACUUUCAGACUUGAAGAUGUGUCCAAACACUCAGACAUCAGAGUAGAUGAGGAAGAUGAUGAAGACUGCAGGAGAGGAAGAGCAGCAGCACAGCAGAUGAUGAGUUUACUGGAGAAGAAACAUCUGACAGAAAUCAAAGAAUCAUUUCUGCCUCAUCAGGGGAAACUGUGGCAUCAGUGGAGUCAGAAGAACAAAGAACUGCAUCGACCUCAAGGAGAUGAGAUAGAAAUGGAAAUAAGUAGAAAACGAACAGCGAUGAAGACAAUCCGUGAACAACAGCAUGAAUCUGACAUCAGUGAGUUUAUGAAGCUCUUCAUUAAACAAAUGAACUCAAAUGCUGCAAAUAAGAUGUUUUUCCUCAAAUGGCUCAGAAUCUUCCUGGAUGAAUAUACAUCAGCUGAUCUUUCUGCUCUACAUCACAAACAUGAUGAAAAGUGGUCAACGGUCUUAAAACUUAAAUCUGAACAACUCAGAGCUAAACAAACUGAACUUGAGAGAAUAUCUGAGGAUCUUCAAGCUGCAGCCUUUGGUUUGGAGCACAUCAUGAGGGAGAUCGGUCAGAUCUAUGAAUCAUGUUCAUCUGUGAAGAAGAACAAGAAAGACCUGCAGGUUCACUUCUCUUCUCUCCCGAGUCUUGCAGCACAGACGAUGAUCUCUGGAUUCCCACUGGAGCUGAUGGAUGGAGAUGCUGCUCAUGUUCCUGUGAUCUGGAUCUCUGCUGUUCUAGAUGAACUCAUCCAGAAACUGGGAGACCAGAGAGUCUUUGUGCUGUCAGUUUUAGGGAUUCAGCGCUCUGGGAAAUCCACCAUGCUGAAUGCCAUGUUUGGACUCCAGUUUGCCGUUGAUCAUGGCAGGUGCACCAGAGGAGCUUUCAUGCAGCUGGUCAGAGUGUCAGACAAGAUGAAAACACAGAUGAACUGUGACUAUAUUCUGGUUGUUGAUACUGAGGGUCUUCGUGCUCUAGAACUGGCUGGAAGAUCAACAAGACAUCAUGACAAUGAAUUGGCCACAUUUGUUGUUGGUCUUGGAAAUCUGACCUUGAUCAACAUCUUUGGAGAAAACCCGUCUGAGAUGCAGGACGUUCUUCAGAUUGUUGUUCAGGCCUUCAUGAGGAUGAAGAAGGUCAGACUGAAUCCCAGCUGUGUGUUUGUGCAUCAGAACGUUUCAGACGUCACAGCUAUAGAGAAAAACAUGGAGGGAAGGAGACGACUGCAGGAGAAACUGGAUGAGAUGACAAAACUCGCUGCUAAAGAGGAAGUCUGUGAUGCUGAAUGUUUCAGUGAUGUCAUUAGUUUUGAUGUUCACAAUGAUGUGAAGUAUUUUCCUCAGCUCUGGGAGGGCAGCCCACCCAUGGCUCCACCAAACCCAAACUACUGUGAGAAUAUUCAAGAACUAAAGAAAACUAUUAUGUCUCAUUUAGCAAAAUCACAUGGAAUGACGCUGACAAAUCUGAAAGGUCAUAUUAAAGAUCUCUGGGAGGCUUUACUGAAUAAACAAUUCGUCUUCAGCUUCAGAAAUUCUUUGGAGAUUUCAGCUUACAGGAAACUGGAGAGAAAAUACAGGAAGUGGUCCUGGAGACUUCACAUUGCCAUGAUGGAAACUGAGAACAAACUACACAACAAAAUAGAAAAUGAGGCAAUUCACAAGGUUGAGGAAACUGAUCUUCAAAGAGAACUGAAGAAGACAAGUGAAGAAGUGGAAAAAUCAAUGUCAGAAUUCUUUGAGAAAGACAGAGAUAAAGAUAUACUGAUUCAGUGGAAAACAUCAUUUGAAAUCAAAAUCAAAGAGCUUCAGGAAAACAUUGUGAGAGAAACAAAGAGGAAAUUAAAUGAGAUUCUUCAGCAGCGAGACCUGAAGAAAAAGAUUGAUGCUCAGAGGACACAUCAUGAAAACACUCUCUAUGAAAAGAGCAGAGAACUCGCCUUAAAACUCAGAGACAAAACAAAUUAUGAAGAAACACUGAAGAAAGAGUUUGAUUUGUUCUGGGAACAGAGUGUGAAGAAGAUCAUCAGAGACACUCCUCCAAUCAGAGACAUUGAUGUAAUGAGAGAUGUGAGAAAUAUCCUCAGUGACGACUAUGCAAGUGUGUCUGUAGAUCACUGGAGCGAGUGCAGGGAUAUUUUAACUGUGAGGAGCUAUUCAGAUUAUGUACGGUUUAAGAAAUCCAGUGGAUUUACAGGAGCUUUAAGACAUCACAACAUAAAACUUAAAGAGAUGUUAGGUUCUAUUAUAUCUAAAGAGGAUGAAGCCCAAAUCAGAUCAUUUGUCACAGAUGUUGCUCAGCAGACAGACAGAAUGAUUCAGUCAUUUAACAUUUCAAAGAUGGGCUACAACAUCAGCUACAUUCAACAACUGAUAGAUUACAUCAAGACAAGAGUAACAGAACAUCAGGAAGGACCAGUGAAUUAUCUGUUCAAGAAUGAAUUCUUCAUGGAUCUGGUUCUUUCCAUCUGUGAGAGAUCAAACAAGAUGAUCACUGACCAACACAAACUGUUCAGAGAAGCCAAUGAUCCUGUAAAAUAUGUUGAGAAGAAGAGAGAAGAGUACUAUAGUAUUUGCCAGAAAUACUGUCAUGGAUCUGCAUGGUGAGAUCAUCCGUCAGAAACUGAAAGAGCCCAUUUGAGUGUCUACAAGAAGACUGACAGAGAUCUGACAGAUGAUCAAAACAACAUAUUUCUGAACAUAUGCCUCACUGAUAAAGCUCAAAAUGAUUGAUGUAUAUUAUAGUUUAUUACUAAUCAAAACAGCUUAAUCUCUAUUAUGAACUGAAAAAGAUCUAUGAUAAGGACAUUAAUGACAGACUGUUGAUGAAAUAUGAUUGAAGUGUGUGUUUGUUAAAGCUCAGUGCUGGAAUCAGACGAUGGAGGAAAGUGUGAGAAAUAAACAGAUGUGUGAAUCAAAUCUCUCAGACCUGUCAAUCUGAUUCAUAUUGAUUCAUAUUCAUAUGAUUCACUCGACACAAAUACUGUCAACAUCAUGAAUUUAUUGACCUUAAUGUCAAUAAAUUGUGAUAAUAAUGUCAACCUUAGUGUGUGUCCUUUCACACUUGAUUAAUAUUUACUCAUAUUAUGAGAAACUUUGAUUUGACUUUAGGAAUUGAAAUGAUGAAACCUGAAGAUCUCUAUAGCAGAUUUUCAUUCUCUGACAGUAUAUCAGUCUUUGAUAAAAUUCAUCACUUAAACAUUGCUAAAACAUAAUUAAUAAUGCUUACUACACAAUACUGUGAUCAAAAUGUCUAAAGAGUUAGAAAUUAAGAGACAGAGAGAAAUGUUCUGAGUGUCGACAGGAUCUGAACUCAAACUCUCACUGAUGAUCUUUGACAGUUCAUAUUUGUCUCAUUCUCUGUUCAGUGUCACAAGAGUUCAUCAGGAUCAUUUCACACUGAUUGUUCAUAUGAACUCGUUCUAGAAACUUGUCAAAGCACAUCAGCUCCAGCUUUGGGUUCUCCAGCUUCAUCCUGCUGACCAGAUGAUGAGGAUGAGCUGAUCCUGAUGGAACUGGAAGACGGAGGAUUUUAAUGACACUCUUAAACUGCAGGAGUAUCCACACAUCUUCAUCUGUUUAUCUGAAGCUCUGUGUUGAUCCUGUUGAACAUCUGCAAGCUCUCUUUUCUUCUGCAUUUCCUCAACCAGUUUUUGCUGUUUCUUUUUUUCUGUUUUCCCAAACCUCUGUUCUCCAUAUGCUAAAACAGGUUUGAGACCCCUGGUGUAAAAUAAUCACUGAAUUAUCAUUUGUGUGAUUGUUAGAAACAAAGACUAACAAUGAAAGACUAAAAAUGAUACUUCCGUCAUAAAGUCAUAUUUGAUAAUUAAUCAGUGGCCUAAACUAAAUGUCUGAAUGAAUAGAAAAUACUUUGAUGAAAUAUACUAAUAAUAUGUCAAUCUGUUUUUCUUCAGUUAUUCAUAAAUCGGACACAGAGGAACAGUGUAAGCUGGUUUUACUGCAGCACAUGCCUGGCAACAAUAACAUAUGCAGAUUUUAAUCAGUUUCUGUCAGUUCCUGACACUGUUUCAGAGUACAUGAUUGUUUUACUGCUUGAAGUUUCUGUUUUGACGUUGUUGUUUGUUGAGUGUCCGGCAGAUGGCGCCAAAUCUCCAUUCAAACUGAUGACUCUUGAACGGCUUUCAUUCAUACGAGGCAGUAUCAGUCCAAUCACGUGACCGUUAUUAUAUCUGUAUUAUUACUGACAGAAUUAAUCACGCUUACUGAUUAAGCGCUCUCAUGAGUCACGUGUGUCUGUUUCUGCCUGGUGUUCCGUACAGUGUGUGUGUGUGUGUGUGUGUGUGUGUGUGUUCAGUUAGUGAACGCUAGAACUGCGUCAUCAAUAUCUGCUCAUUCUUGCUCUUAAGAUUCCCGAAUGAUUUCCGUCACAAGGCACGUGCAGGAAUAUCAGGCGCCUCCUCCGCAGGAUCACGUGAACCGAAAGUGAAAGUGAAAGUCAACAGUCUUGAACAGCAGCUCGACUCCUGUGAGGUUAUAUUCCGCGCACUGCUGUAUUUUAUGCUCAUAUGUUGGUUUGGUGAUAUCAGUAAUAAUUUCGAGCAUCUAUUGAGAUUUUUUUUUUUUUAUGUUUUAAAGCGUUUUUCUUUUCGAGGAACCGUUUUUAUGAGCUUCAUGUGUUCAGAUUAUACAGUGAAGAUGGCGACCGGAGCUAAAACACUUCCUGAGAUCAGCUCCAGUCCAGAUGAUCCAGUGAUCCGGAUUCUUCUGAUGGACAGAAGCUCAAAAGCUCAUCUGGAAACACUACUGGGAGAAAGAAAGAUUAAAGUUAAAAAGAAGCAUAAAGCUGAAGUUUGAGAGAAGAGGAAUUCUCCAGAUCUGAAUAAAGAAGAUGGAGACGAUGAUGAAAGAGGACACACCUGGACUUUAUGAUGAUGAAUUCAGUAAAGUGUAGCUGAUGUUCUUGUCUCCACGCUUUUCUCUUCACCAUUGAAGUGGAUUUAUUCACUUGGGAAAAUAAGAAAACAUGAAGAAACUCCAAAGAGUGUUUUGGGAACACACGUUAAAAACUUUUAUAACAGCAAUGAUAAUUCACACUACACAGAGUGAACUGGACCAAACAGUGGUUUGACACGAUAUAUGUAGAACAACAGGAACUGGACUGGAGUAUUACUGGACCGAGGCUUUCAAAACACAUAUAAAUAUACAGAUCAAUAUUUCUGUCUUUAUCAUAUGUUGCAGAACGCAGUUCCGCACACUUGAACCGUGUUACAUGUCACUGGCGAUCACAGGAAGUGCAUCUCCUGCGGUGAUUCAUUAUGCUGGUUUCUCAUGUUAACUACAGUAAGAACAAAUGUAGCUCCUCCUCCUAUGUCAGCCUAGCCUGCCUGUUUCUGACGCGCUCGCGCUGCAGUACAACAGCACGAGACCAUCCUGCCAUCAAGAGCCCUUCAUUCAUUAACUCUGAAGAUCUGCUAUCAGGUUCUUCAUUUGAGUUGAAUCAUGUCUAUCAACAUGACGUGUGGAGAGAUUCAGACAACAGUGGGGUUUAUGUACAAGAUUCUGCCUGUGAUUCUGAAUCACACACUCAAUGAUCCUGACUGCGAACAGAGCUGGUAUACAAAGGACGGGCGUCUGUUAGCAGAUCCAUCAGAUCCACACAAACGGAUGUAUCCUGUUAUUUCAGUCUCAUCUGAAUGUCUCGUCACUUCUCACUGUGUGGAUCAACUUCAUCAUGAGAUUCAGUGUCAUUCUAAAGGAAUCACACAUGAGACCGUGUUCAGAGUGAGGAAUGAAACUGCAGUGACUCCAAACUCAGAUGUUCUGGAUGAAGUGACUUCGUCUCUCCAGCAAUCAGAUCAGUUGUGGUGGAUUUCUGUUAUCUUGAUUUUCUUUCUUUUGGCAUUUCUCUGUUUCAUGCUGCGGAAAAGGAUCUUCAGAUGUUUUUCGAAGGCAGCGCCGUCCGUCUGCAAUGAUUUAGACAAGAGGGAUCCUGAAUCUGACAGGACUCUGAUGAAGGUCAAAUCUGAUUCUCCUGAUUCACUGAAUCAUUCUGAAUCUGCCGGGACUCUGAUGAAAGAGUUUUAAGGUUGAGAUCAUAUUCUCAGACAUUUCUGUCAAGGCUCCAGGAGUCAGUACAGGUUUAACAGAAUCAGCUUUAUACAGUACAGACUCAUUCAGAGCAGCUUCAGUGUAAUAAACAGCACAAUAAUGAUUCAGUUCAAUUCUGCUGUAAAGAAGCUCUAAAAGACAACAGUGUCAUUAUUCAGAUCAGUUCAGAUCAGUGUUAUGAGUUCAGUUCAUAAGCAGCUCUCCUGAAGACAGCAGUGUUCAUAUUCAUCAUUUUCAUCAAGGUUUUCCCAAAGUCUGUCAGAAUGUUUGUGAUUCUCAAUGCUUUAAUAUUUUGUAAACUGUAGCUGAAGUAAAUCUAUGCUAUGCUAAAUGUGAUUUUUUUUUUUUUAAUUAUUAUUUUUGAAAAAUCAUGAAAUUGUUAUUUGUGAUCAGUUAAAAUGAACUUUAAUCAAACUUUUUUUUCUUUUUUUUUAAACUAUAUAGACCAUUUUACUGCCCAAAUAAAAAUGAACCAUGUGACUAGGUUCAUGUCUUGUUGAGAUGUAUUUAUUCAGUGUCUCUGUACAGACAGAUGAAGUGUUUAUUGGGCCUUUAGCAGGAGUGUCAGUGCGUCAGAUCAAAAAGUGUCCGGCAGGUGGCGCCAAACACUCACCGAUGACAUUUGAUCUUCCGCUUCUGAGUUCGCGCUUAAAGCUGAACGCUGCAGCCUGUUGUUCCUUCAGGUCUUCUUGACCAGUUCCUCGUCGCAUUUCAUAUAAAGAGCAUGAUUUAUAGAUGUUUUAUGGCGUGUUUGUUUUUAAGAAGCGUUAUUUUGGACUAUAUCCGCAUGAGCGCAUCUGCAGGUAAAAUAUCUUAACAGGAACUCACCGGUGUCGGUGUAUUAUUAAUGUCAAAUCUUACCCUGCCAUCACCUGAGAUGUUGCUGGAGUUGUUAUCUGUGAAAAGUUUGUCACAUUUAUGAAAGCUUCUAUGAAUUUGUUUUCCGUCUAAAAGCUUUUUCACCUCGUACGGUCAGUUGCUAUAAAAAGUGCUAGGCUAUGUUUACAAUAUGCUUCUAUGCUUUCAUAGGAGUUAUGCAGUAGGGUGAAGUCAGCAAAAGUGGGACUUUUUAUUUGUAAACUGUAUAUUUAAUACAGAUUAAUCUUUUGUAUUGAUGUUUUAAAACAAAUGUUCAAGUUUCUUAUAUCUCCAGCUGGUUUUUGAAGACUGUCAUGAUGCAGCUGAUACCUUUCGUGUCUCUGAGAAACACGGUGACAUUUCGUUACAAUGAUUCAGUGACCCUUAAAGAUUAUUAUUUUUAUUUACUUUUUUUGCAUUUUGCAAUUUCUAAAAUUGUAUAAUUACAUCGGUACUCUCAUGAUAUUAUUAUGCAAUUAUAAUCGCAGGCAGCAGGUACCAUAUCCCUCGUCAGCAUUAAAUGGUCAGUGCUAAAGGUGCACGCGGGCAAAAGGGCAUUUGAUUUAAUUAUCCCCUAAAACACUAGAUGCCAUAAAACGACGCCACAGCGAUUUCGUCAACAACUGAGUUUCACUGUUUGCGCGUGGAAAUCCGGCUGAUUCUUGACGCGCUCGUGAGCAUCAUCAUGAUUCUGCUCUAAUCUGAUGGAACAGGCCUGGACAGCGCGUGCAUAAUUAUUAUGCACGUUGAUUUUCUGAUCAUAUUUUUUCCAAGCACAUUGUACCAAUUCCAAACCACAGCAAUGGUGACAGAUUGAAAUAUAGAUUCGGAUCUCCUCCGAAAAGGUUUAAGAAACAUUCCGAAUCAUUAAUGUUUGUCUGUAUUUUAAAAAUAUAAAACAUAUUUCAGCGACAGUGUAUUUAUUGAACGAAAAUACAUUUGAUCAAAAUAGUACAAACUUUGUUUAAAAUGUCGUUUUGAACAAGUAUUAACUUAUUCUGCAAAACAGUUACUUGAACUAAAGUAUUUGUAGGCCCACCUCAUACAUUUAGCUUAUAUUAUUUUUAUAUUAUCAUAAUUUAUAUUAUAUUAUCAUAAAUUUAAUUUCAGUUUGGCUUCGAAGGACACUUAUUAUUCAGUAAUUGAUCUGAUUGCACUGACACUAUCUGAUGAGAACAAAAGUUUUGUCGCGUAAAGCUGUUUAGAAAAAGUCUUGUAUUAAGCGCUAUAAAGGUGACUUGACAUCCGUCAGGCAUGUUAAUUAGAAAAUAAAAUUAUGUCAGCCAAAAA